AUGGAGAUCAUUAAACAGUAUUGUAAGCGGGAUUGGGAGAAGAUGUUGUGGAAUAGUGGCCGGGAUCUGGACAUCUUUUCCUAUGGGCUAUCAAAUAAAAAAGAGACUGUCUAUAAAAUGUAUGAUUAUACACAAGAAAUUUUUGUAUCCUUCAGAAUUUUCAAGAACCAUUCUCGAAAUGAUAUCAAAGUUCACUUCCUGGACUCAUCAGUUAUGUUUUUCUACCAGGGUCAAACUCAGAUCGAUGAGAUUGUCCUAAUAAAACAUUGCUUUAUCAAAAUCGAGGUGCCUGAUCAUAUCAAAAAAGAGGAUAUUUCUUAUACAACAAACGAAGGAGCGGUCUAUUUAAUCAUUCAUAUACCUUUUGGUACGUUAUUAGCACUUAAUCGAUUUUUUGGAUCCAUGCGAUUUUAGAUAUAAGUCAUCCUCGAUCGUAUUUUAAAUUUUUUGAUGUCCUUACUUUAGAGAAGCCCAGCCUAUUCGAAAGGAACAGUAGAAUGUCGGAACCCAAACUUUUCAUCGAAGAAAGGGAGGUCGGAUCUCACGGACAGUACCAAAUCGCUGCCGAAAUUGCUGGAAUGACCGUUUUCAUUAACUACGAUCGCUACAAUUACCAUACUUAUCUCCCAUACCAUAACAAAAUCUUUGCUUCCUCUGCACUAUUUACUGAUUGUGAUUUAUUUUACGUGCCUUUGCUUGUCAGUUGUUGUAAAUGGUACUUUGAUAUCAGUCUGAUCCAUGUUUUGGAAAAGGAACCUCUCAAUUUCUAUCGAACGCCUAUGAAUUUGAUAGCCGACAUGUCCCAUAUGCAGAUUCUGGCCUACGGAUUUACAAUGUACAAUGACGUUUUCUCACUUCAAGAUUCCUAA